UUCGCCGAAGCGUACUGUGACGUCACGAUUCGGGCAUGCGUGUAAACUGGUUGGCAGAACCAAAAAUUGAUAAUGGCGCUUAGUAUGAAGAAGUCUACCGAUAACGAUAUUUUAUCAACAUAUGCGAACUCUUUGUCAGAAGAAGCGAAAAGGAGAUAUACGGUAAAGUUGCUGUACAACCGUGGUACCUGUUCUCUGCCUGAUCCUUACCAUUUAACGGAGAAUUGGAGCCGAAGCCCAGAUACCUGGCCAGAUCUGACGUUCGGUGAUAUUUACCUGUACCUGAUCGACACGCCAUCUUUGUUUACAAAGGAGUCUAUGAAGGCCUACAAAUCAUUAGAUGCUUACAAGUACGUAUUGAGUGGACAUGUACAGGAAGUGAUCUCUCAUCAGAUUGACGAGAAUUGUCCAUAUAUGACAUUAAAGACCAAAGUAACACCUUCACAGAGAGCCAGAGACAAACCCCACGAACCAUGGGUGUAUUUGGAGAAGGCCAGUGGAUCAGUGUACUGUGCACACUGCACAUGCAUGGCAGGACUUGGAGAAGUUUGCAGUCAUGUGGCAGCGUUGUUGUUUAAAGUGGAGAUGGCAGUGAAGAUGGGCUUAACAAAGUCUAGUUCUACCAGCAAGGCCUGUCAGUGA